AUGUCUAUUUUCUUCUGCAAGCUCACAACCCCGCACGACACCACCUGCGAGGCCCUCGGUGUUGCAGCUCGCAGAAAUGUGCUGGCACGUCGGGCCACCGUGGCACAGUGGAACAACCGCGUGAAGCGGAUUGAAGGUGGCCGUGCUGUCUUCGACGUGACCAUCCCAAAGCCACUGGGAGUAACGCCCAGGGAGUUCCCAAAUCGCCCAGGCGUGGGCAUCGCGGGCAUCAAAAAAGGCGGCAACACGGACCUUUGGAACACUGAGGUGUUGCUCAACGAUGCAGAAGGCAUGUUUGUGCUGGAGGGUGACGAGGUGGUAGCCGUAAACGGCACCUUCUGCGAAGGCGGCGAUUUGAAAACCGUCUCGCAGCUAGUAAAGGAGUCCGAAGGCGACACGGUCACACUAAAGCUGGUUCGCGACUACUUGCGAGGACCUGUCAAAAUCAUUUGGAAGCCAUCUUUGAAAAUGGCGACCUACAAGCGGAAUGCGCUUCUGCGAGCUUGUGAGGAAACCUUGGGUGCCAACGUGCGAUAUUCAUGCGAAGACGGCUGGUGCUCCUCAUGCUGGCAUGCCGAAGAAACUUACAUGACCGUAUUCCGGAUUUGCAAGAUGGAUGUCCCUAAAGAUUGGGACAACAUCGUACCCUUUGUCCUCAUGAGCGCGCUUGAGGUAAAAAACACGAAAGGCACGCCUCUGCUGAGUCGUAGAAUAGGACUAUAG